AUGAAGAUUGUUUCACGACAGUUCGAAAGGCAUUCGAGAAGAGACGCUCAAAAGUCCGUCAAUCUGGACUUUGACGCCCGUGUUCCUAUCCCCUUCAGUGUCUUCCCGUCGUCGUACCGGAGUGACGCUGUCUCUGAAACUACUCAGACGAGAGUAGAGGGAGAAGUCAAUUUCGAACGUACUUCGCGCGCCGAACGGGAAGAUACUCGAGGACCUGCUCCCCUUCCCUCUGUCAAAAAGGAAGAAGUCGAAUUCCGCGUUCAGGAAGAGCACCCUCACCACAAGCACAACUACGCCCCUGAGGUUGAAUUGACUCGUGAACGCUACCCCAGUUACCAACAACCUUCUGUUGACUACGAAGAUCGUACUCAAGUCUACGAUAAAGUCGUCGAGAGCCAACUUGACCUCACUGAACGUGACUACCGUCAACGUACCUCACCAGCCUACGACCUCGACGUCUCUUACGACCGUCGUUAUCGUCAACCCGUAGACUCCGCCUACGGUUACCAGUCCCAGUCCGACGUCUCCUACGACCGGACCUUCCAGUCUCAGACCGACUCUUACAGAGAAGACGACGUCUACCUCCGCGAAGUUCAGCCCCGUGCUCGUACCUUCGCUCCCACCCAAGUAAAAGUCUCCCAAACCACUACCCGCGACACCGCCCCAACUCGCAAGAUGGGUUACUACGACGACGACGGGGAGUACCACUCCUUCCGCCGUGGCGUUGGCCGUGCCGCCGACCGCGUCCUGCACCCCUUCUCCCACUCCAGCCACCACGAGGAGUCCCACGCCGGCGAGGACGUCGCUCCCGCCCGUGAGAACGUCCGCAUCGUCGAGCCCCGCAACCGCGGCUCCCCCGGCGAGACCGUCCCCAUCCCCUGCCACUUCAUCCGUGUGGGCGACAUCCUGAUCCUCCAGGGCCGUCCUUGCCAGGUCAUCCGCAUCUCGGUCUCCCCCCAGACCGGUCAGCACCGCUACCUCGGCGUCGACCUCUUCACCCGCAAGUUGCAGGAGGAGUCCUCUUUCGUCGCCAACCCCUCUCCCUCCGUGGUUGUACAGACCAUGCUCGGUCCCGUCUUCAAGACCUACCGCAUCCUCGACCUCCGUGACGACAACCGUCUCGUCGCCAUGACUGAGUCCGGUGAUGUCAAGCAGGGUCUGCCUGUUAUCACUCAGGGUAACCUCUUCAAGCGCAUCAGUGAGGCCUUUGCUGAUGGUCGUGGCUCUGUUCGUGCCCUUGUCAUCAACGACGGUGGUCGUGAGCUCGUCGUCGACUACAAGGUCAUCCACGGCUCGCGUCUGUAA